UGCUGCUGCGUCCACAUCGGUUAUUACACUGGCGACGAGGCACGGUUGUGCCCAUGCGGGGAGGGCGUUUCCAGCAAGAUGGCCUUCGGCGUCCGUAUCGGCGAAUUUCACUUAAAUGGUAACUCUUCAUGGGAGGAUUACGUCGAGCGUAUAGAGCUAUGCUGCACUGCAAACAAGCUCAAGGAAGACGCCGACAAGAGGGCAGUAUUGCUGAGCUGCUGUGGGGAGGAUACAUACUCCCUGAUAGCUACCCUCGUCAAGCCUCUCCGACCACCGAACGCUGACUACCAGUCCAUCGUAAAUGCCGUGAAGAACCACAUCAACCCGAAGCCAUCAGAGUUAUAUUCAAGGUACGUGUUCUCGAAGCGAAAUCAGCACGACGCCGAAUCUGUCGCAGACUAUGUUACAGCUUUACGUAAGCUAGCCGAGAACUGCGGGUUCAACGACAACCAGCUUCCUCUUGACGUAAUGCUAAGGGACCGGUUGGUUUUUCGAAUCUCUGACAGCAUUGUGCAGCAACGUUUGUUGGCCGAGAAAGACUUGACCUUUAAGACUGCCUACGAUCUAGCAGUGACGGCAGAGGCUGCUGCAAAACAUCAAAGGGGUCUAUGCCAGGUGGCGGCAUACCUCGACGACAUCCUUGUGGCCAGCGAAACAGCAGAGGAGCACCAUGAAAUCCUCAUGGAGGUUCUCAACCGACUGUCAAAAGCGGGACUGCGUAUACAAGGCGCCAAGUGUCAGUUCUUCAAAGAGAGCUUGGAGUAUUUGGGACACCGGAUAGACGCCACCGGCAUCAACCCGUCAAAGGCUAAAGUCGAGGCGAUUCACAAAGCACCUGUACCAAAGAACAAGGAGCUCCAAGCUUUUCUAGGUAUGGUGGAUUUCUACAAUCGUUUCCUAAAGGGUCGGUCCGAAGUUGCAGAAGUGCUCUACCGCCUACUGGACAGCGAGAGUACGUGGAACUGGGGUGAAGAACAACAACUAGCUUUCGAAAGACUAAAGAUGUUGCUGACGUCCGAGUCACUUUAG